AUGACGUCUGAAGGAGGGGGAGCAGUUGCAUUUCCUGUGAUGACCAUUGGGCUGAAGAUUGCACCACACGUAGCCAGAGACUUCUCAUUGAUUGUUCAGUCCAUAGGGAUGAGUUGUGCUCUGUUUGUAAUCCUAUUCAUGAACGUGCAGAUCGAAAAGCGAGCUGUGAUUUUUGGAACAAUUGGUUCAGUACCCGGGUUCAUUUUCGGGUCUGUCGUGGUGAGUGUACGCCAAACUCCAUUGAAUGUUGAGUGA